ACCAACAAACUCCCCAAAAAUCCCUUCGUUUUCCCUCCCUCUCCCCUUCUUCAAAUUCACUCAAACCCUAGCUGCUGCAACAGCCUUAUAAUGCCAAGGAUCGGCGGCCGAGAGAGGAGUAAGAUCGGUAACUUAUGGCGUUUCAACCGCUUCAUUGAUACCCGGUGUUUGGCUCCGCCGACUCUCGACGGAGACGGCGAUGUCGACGCUCUCAGCCGGAUGCCUUAUCGCUUGCUUCCUCGCCAAGACCUCAUUGAUCUCUUCGUCUUGAAGCUCGAUGGCUCUGUAUUUGGUGUUCGUGUAGCGCGCAAUGGUACAGUAGCAGAACUCAAACGAGCGAUAGAGGAAGUUUUUGUUUCACCCGGGGGGGAUGAACAUUGCAAGAUUACAUGGUCACUUGUAUGGGGACAUUUCUGUUUAUGUUACGAAGGCCAAAAUCUUAUCGAUGACAAAGCAUGCAUUAGAGUUUUUGGCAUUAAAGAUGGUGAUCAGCUUCAGUUUAUUAGGCAUAUGUCCAUCAGCUGUUUACCAGUUAAGAGAGAUAGAAAGAGCCAAACUGUUUCUUGCAGAACAGUGUUGUUUCUGCCACCAGAAUCAAAAUGUGUUGAAGACAAUCAACUAGCCGGUCCAGAUGAUCCCGAGACUUAUGAGGAAGUUCACGAGGAUGGUUCCAAUCAGGAGGAAGUUCCUAUCCCUGGAUUUCAUCUAGCAAAUUUCUUCAGAGGACGGUUCUUAUAUUCCAGGAUAUGGGGUUUUCUUAAGAGUGCAUCAGAAGGCAGGAAUCGGCCUUCUGGCUUCGGCAUUACUUGACAAUUGAACUUAGAGAUGGACAUGGAAUAAUACAGACUGCAAGGGCCUCGCCAUUUUCUUAAACUAGGAGGUGCAGGGAUUGAAACUCUAGGAUUUGAUUUAUGGACAUGACAACUUAGAUUCUCUAAGCCUGGAAGAAGAAUGCAAGGAGAGGGAAGAUUGGCUCUGAAUGUAAAUAUCAGCCUUGAUUUGUUGUUGGAUGAUUCUGUAAAAAGUUGUUUUUCUUCCCUUCAAAUUCACUUCUCUCUUUCCAUCUUCUGUGUUAGCACUGAACUUAGGAAAAUACUCUUCUUAAAUAUGGAUAGGAAGUAAGUAAGUUUAAGGGCUUUGCGAGUCUGUUUUCAAAAUAACUUUUUUGCUCUUAGAACAAUGAAUCUUUGUUUUGCGAACUUCU